GUACACUUACGCUGUUAUGUCUUGACGCACGGAGCUUGUCUGCGCCGGCCAGCACUGGCUUCUCUGGACUUUGCACACCUCCAGGAGAAGAACCCAGAAAAUUGAUCAGUUCUAAAAAACCAUGCCCCACUUGUUGGUGACUUUCAGGGAUGUGGCCAUUGACUUCUCUCAGGAGGAGUGGGAGUGCCUGGACCCUGCUCAGAGGGACUUGUACAGGGAUGUGAUGUUGGAGAACUACAGCAACCUGAUCUCGUUGGACUUGGAAUCCAGUUGUGUGACCAAAAAGUUAUCUCCAGAAAAGGAAAUUUAUGAAAUGGAAUCACUCCAGUGGGAGAAUAUGGGGAAACUUACCAACCAUCACCUUCAAUACAAUGGUCUUGGAGACAAUAUGGAGUGCAAAGGCAACUUAGAGGGUCAAGAAGCAAGUCAGGAAGGGCUUUACAUGUGUGUCAAAGUUACCUGUGAAGAAAAGGCCACUGAAAGUCAUUCAGCCUCUUCUACUUUUCAUCGGAUAAUUCCUACCAAGGAAAAAUUGUACAAAUGUAAGGAAUGUAGACAAGGUUUCAGCUACCUGUCAUGCCUUAUUCAACAUGAGAAAAAUCAUAAUAUAGAAAAAUGCUCUGAAGUUAAGAAACAUAGGAAUACCUUUAGCAAAAAGCCAAGCUAUAGUCAACAUCAGAGAAUUCAGACUGGUGAGAAACCUUAUGAGUGUAUGGAAUGUGGAAAGGCCUUUGGUCGUACUUCUGAUCUCAUUCAACAUCAGAAAAUUCAUACUAAUGAAAAACCUUAUCAGUGUAACGCAUGUGGGAAAGCUUUUAUUCGUGGUUCACAGCUCACUGAACAUCAGAGAGUUCAUACAGGAGAGAAACCAUAUGAAUGUAAGAAAUGUGGAAAAGCCUUUAGUUAUUGUUCACAAUAUACUCUUCAUCAGAGAAUUCAUAGUGGUGAAAAACCCUAUGAAUGUAAGGAUUGUGGGAAGGCCUUUAUUCUUGGCUCUCAACUUACUUACCAUCAGAGAAUUCAUAGUGGUGAGAAACCUUAUGAGUGUAAGGAAUGUGGAAAGGCCUUUAUUCUUGGUUCACACCUUACAUACCAUCAGAGAGUUCAUACUGGUGAAAAGCCUUACAUAUGUAAAGAAUGUGGGAAAGCCUUUUUAUGUGCCUCCCAACUGAAUGAACAUCAGAGAAUUCAUACAGGAGAGAAACCCUAUGAAUGUAAAGAAUGCGGGAAGGCCUUUUUUCGUGGCUCACAACUUACUUACCACCUGAGAGUUCAUUCAGGUGAGAGACCUUAUAAAUGCAAAGAAUGUGGGAAAGCCUUUAUUUCUAAUUCUAAUCUUAUUCAACAUCAAAGAAUUCAUACCGGAGAGAAGCCCUACAAAUGUAAGGAAUGUGGAAAGGCCUUUAUUUGUGGCAAACAACUUAGUGAACAUCAGAGAAUUCAUACAGGUGAGAAACCCUUUGAAUGUAAGGAAUGUGGAAAGGCCUUUAUUCGUGUUGCAUAUCUUACUCAACAUGAGAAAAUUCAUGGUGAGAAACAUUAUGAAUGUAAGGAAUGUGGGAAGACCUUUGUACGUGCUACACAACUUACAUAUCAUCAAAGAAUUCAUACAGGUGAAAAGCCCUACAAAUGUAAGGAAUGUGACAAGGCCUUUAUUUAUGGCUCACAACUUAGUGAACAUCAGAGAAUUCACAGAGGUGAAAAACCUUAUGAAUGUAAACAGUGUGGGAAGGCUUUUAUUCGUGGCUCACACCUUACUGAACAUCUGAGAACUCAUACUGGAGAGAGACCCUAUGAAUGUAAGGAAUGUGGGAAGGCCUUUAGUCGUGGCUCAGAACUUACUCUGCAUCAAAGGAUCCAUACUGGUGAGAAACCCUAUACAUGUGUCCAGUGUGGUAAAGACUUUAGACAUCCUUCACAACUUACUCAACAUACAAGGCUUCAUAAUUGAGAAAGCCUUGAAUGUGAUUAAAUUUAAGAAAAUCUUCAUCAUCUAUUUCGUAUCUAUAAUGAAUGUAGAACAUCUUCUUGCUUCUGCUCAGAAUCUGCUCAUUCUUAGAAGGCCUACAUUAACAUGGAUGCAGAAUAAUUUCAGAAACCCCUUAAAUAAUUAACAUCUCUAUAAACGCUAGAAUAUAAUGCUGAAUUAUAUCCUUUAUUAAGCAUCAUCUCCAUUUCACCAUAUCCUAACUGAAAUCGUAUAUAUUUCUUGUGUGUUUUUUUCUAUUUGUAAAAUACUGUAAUUGUAUUACAAUGACUAAAGUAUAAUUAAAUACAUAUAAUUCCCUUUGGAUAGUA